CUGGACCUGGUUCCUCCAACCUCCACCUCCCAGGCGCUGGCACUACAGGCGUGUGUCAUCGGUCUGAGUGCACCGCUUCACAGUCCUUUGCAGCCCUCGCGGGGAUCUGCCAGGAACCCAGGAGCCUGGAAGGCUGGCUGCCCCAGCUCAGGCCCGGCCUUGUGAGGCCCGGCCCCCCGGACAGCUCCCAAGUUCCAGUGGCAGUCGUGGCAGGGAGGAGCCUGCAGGCCCCGGGCUGGCGGGGACGCGCGGCGCGGGCUCCGCGGGCCAUGGCGGACCUCACGGUAUGCUGCGCGUUCCUCACCAAGGUGCUGUGCGCUCACGGCGGCCGCAUGUUCCUGCAGGACCUGCGCGGCCACGUGGAGCUGUCGGAGGCGAAGCUGCGGGCCGUGCUGCGGCGCGCGGGCCCCGAGCGCUUCCUGCUGCAGGAGGUGGAGCUGCGCGACGGCCCGUGGGACCCAGAGGCCGAGGUGGCGGCGGGCGCGGGCGCGGGUGGCGGCGCCACGGCCUGCAGGGUGGUGGCCGUGUCCUCCGCGCGCCUCUGCGCCCGCUAUCAACGCGGGGAGUGCCAGGCCUGCGACCAGCUGCACUUGUGUCGCCGUCACAUGCUGGGCAAGUGCCCCCACCGCGACUGCUGGUCUACCUGCGCCCUGUCCCAUGAUAUCCACACGCCUGUCAACAUCCAAGUCAUGAAAAACCGCGGGCUUUUUGGCCUCAAUGAAGCCCAGCUUCGAAUCCUGCUUUUGCAGAAUGAUCCCUGCCUUUUCCCAGAGGUCUGUUUGCUGUACAACAAAGGCGGUGAUGUCCUUUAUGGCUACUGCAACCUCAGGGACAAAUGCAACAAGUUUCAUGUGUGCAAAUCCUUUGUCCGGGGUGAAUGCACACUUCAGACCUGCAAGCGGUCCCACAAGCUCAUUCACGCUACCACCCUGAAGUUGUUAGAGGACCAAGAACUGAGUGUCUCAAGUGUCGUGAACUUCCAGAUAAUCACCGUCUACAAACAUACGAAGCUGCACAAGAUGCUUGAAGAUAAAGACAGCGCGCCCUCUGCCGGGCACUCACAAGGCCUUGAGAAGCAAGGGGCCCCUGGGGCUGGGGCUGCAGAAGCCAGGCCUCUGGCCCCUGCCCCUGCCCAAUCACCCAGGAAGUCCCAGUGAACCUUAAAGAGCAUAGAGGAAGUGAGAAGCAGCUUGUCCAUCCCGAAGGAUCAGAAGCAAGAGCAGCUGAGCUGGAGUUUGUAACCAUUCUCUUUCCUAACUUACAAGCAUUGGCAACUUUAAUACCCAUCUCAUCCCUAAAUGCAUCUGAGAACCCAGGGUGGAAACGAAAAUAUACUUGCAGGUGAGGUUGGACCUGGAGCAGGCAAAGAGAGGGUAAAAUUCUGAGCACAGAGGGAAUCAGUCCAGGGCAAAUCCUGAAGCUGUAGCCUCUGUCUGCGUCUCCUGAGUGCCUUUCCAGCCAUGGGAUGGAGGGCAGCUUUCUGCUGCCUCUGUGUGUUAGUUAUUUGGUGGCGCUCUUACCCUGCGAGGAAAUGUCACGAAACACAACUGAUCCACUAACAAGAAUUUUAUGAGGAUAGGAAAGAAAGGGACAGAUGUGAACAGGCCUGUGAAAAACACACGUGGU